CCCAAAUUCCAAACAUCACAACCCAUCUUUCCUUCGCUUCCCGAUUUUCGCCGGCCACCGCCGUCGGACAACGUUUCCAGCAACUCGGAGCUCAAGUAGACUGGCCCUUUAUUUCUGGUCUUGCUUCAGGUGGUUGAGACCUGAUGGAUCGGCAAGGGCAUGACUAUGCAGCUGCUAUGGCAUAUGCCCAACAGCAGCAAGCUACUAACAUCCCGCAGCAGCAGCAGCAGCCGUAUGGUUUUCAUCCACAGCACCAACAGUUUCCUCCACCUGCUCAUGGCCCCCCUUUUAUUCCUCCACAUCCUUCUCUCCAACAGUUCCCUUACCCUCGUCCUAUGCAGCAACCGCAAUAUCCACACCCUCCUCCCCAUCCUCACCUACUUCACAUGCAGCAGCAACAACGUCCACCUGCUUUUCCACCACAUAUGCCCCCUCACGCUAUUGCCCCACCCUUCCAUGGCCCUUAUGAUUCUGCACCACCCCCUUCUCCUCCUCCAUCUGAUCCGGAACUCCAGAAGCGUAUUGACAAGCUGGUUGAGUAUUCUGCCAAGAAUGGCCCAGAGUUUGAAGCUAUGAUCCGUGAAAAACAGCAAGAGAAUCCUGAAUACGGUUUUCUAUUUGGUGGUGAAGGCCAUAAUUACUACCGAUAUAAACUUUGGAUGGCUACGCGGCCUCCAGGAGGCCCCCUCAAUCCUUCCUUCCCCCCCUCUUCUAUGCCUAUGAUGCAUCCUCCAAAUCCUAUGAUGAGCCCAUCACCUUUAAAUGCUCCACCAAUGAGUGGCCCAAAUACUGCUGUGGGUUCUGCUUCAAUGAUGGGAGCUCCUUACUUGCACCAGCCUCCUUUUCCACCAUUCUAUGAACAGCAACACGCUCAGCAUUCUCCAUCUUUCCUUGGUCAAACACGACCAGAUUAUGAUCAGUCUUACAGGUCUUUUAGGGGUUUGUCUAGACCACUUCCUGCUGAUGUUGAAAUGGAGCUCAAUAAUGUUCUCAACAAUCUGAACGGCACCAAAGAGUCUAUCAAAGGUGCUAAGAAUUGGUUCAUCCAGAGGUCUCCAUUCAUACCUGCUCUGGCAGAGGCGCUUAGAGAUAGAAUGUUUUCCUUGGAUGAUUCUGAGAGGCAACUGCACAUAAUUUUUCUUGCUAAUGACAUCCUAUUCGAAAGCUUCCAGAUGCGGCAAAGUCCUCACGAACUUGAUAAUGAGGCACUAGCGUUUAGGCCUUUCUUGGGCUCCAUGCUCGCAAGGAUUUACCACAAUCCUCAGAACAAGGAAGAAAAUCAGGAACGCCUUCAAAAAAUAUUGCAGUUUUGGGCAUCCAAGGAAGUUUAUGAUCAGGAUACAAUUCGUGGACUUGAAAAUGAAAUGAUUCGUGUCCUGCCAAUGAAUUCUUUUCCAGGUCCUAGGGAUUUGCGCACUGUUUCACCGGAUCCAUCUACUGCAACGGGUGUACCACACUAUCCGGCAAACCAGAAUGCCUGGCAGCCAGAUAAACAAACUUCAUUUCCUAAUUUGCCAGAUCAAGAAUACCGUGACAAACUAGUCCCUCCAGUGCAACCAUCAUUGCCGCCCCAACAAUUUCAUUCUGCUUCAGUUCCUCCUAGUGGAUUUGCAGUGUCAGCAACUACUCCACUUUCCGCACAACCAGCAAGCCAAUUGCCUGCAUCAGCAACCGGUGCUGGCGAAAAGCUGCCUCCAUAUCCCUUAUUUCCGCCUGGUCUUAUUCCUGGAAUGGUAAGAAAAAUGCAGAUCGGUAGUGGGGUGCCUUACUGUCCCAUGAGCCCUUUGGAUAUACCGACUGUCAUACCUCCUCCAAAUGCAUCACCCUCUGAAAUUCUUGAAAGAGUAUCAAAGUUCUUUAGAGAAAUUGGAGAAGUUAACCCCUCAGAAGGGCCCAUGAAAUCAUCUGGAUCGAGAGAUGAUUAUGAUGACUAUGAGAGGGAGUCUCCCGUCCGCAAGGGAGGAGCUUGCAUUCCUCCUCCUCCUGACCUACAUUUGGACCCGGAGUCUGGGACUUAUCCAGAUGGAAGCGUGGAGCAGAAACCUGGAGCCAGUGACUCUGGAAGAUUGGGGCUUGGAGCUACAGCCAACCCUAAUGAGGUAAGCCAAUAUGAUGACGUGUAUGCAUCUUAUAGGAAACAGAGAAGCACCACCUACCAUUCAUCGAUGAGCGCAAGAGCUGCUGCAAGGUGAGAAGAGUUGCAUGUGCCGUGAUUCGUGAUCAUAGAUAUUAAAAGUUUUCAUUUUUCUGCAGUUUCCUGUUGAUGCUCAUGUAAAAGUUUCAGUUAGACGCAUUUUUAAUUUAAUACAAAAAAUGAGCUCUCUGUCUUUA